GUAAGUGGUGUGUGCGUGCAGUGUGAGGUAAGCGAGAGCCAUCGGUGUGUGUGUGUGUGCUUGUGUGUGUGUCUGGAGAGAGAGACAUAGACCGAGCCCCUAACACGGAGCAUGCCUCUGCGUCCGGCAGCCGGCAAACAUGAGCCGCCCAGCCCUCCACGGCAGGACCAGCAGCAGCAGCAGCACACACACACACACUCAUACACACUCACACACCCUUACACACACGCAGCAAACGGCAGCCAGGGGGCCAGCACUGACAGCGGCAGCUCCCGGGAAGAGGACAGCGGCGUUCCCAUUCCUGUCGGUGUUCCGGCUUUCUGUCCCAGUGCAGAGUGGAGCCACAGUGCAAGAGCACCCAUGGAGGAGCCGACAGGCAACACCGUGGUCAUCCGCAUUGGAAUCCCAGACCUACAACAGACGAAAUGUAUGAAAUUCAAUGUGGAUGCUCCUAUUUGGCUGUCCAAGCAGCGGAUCCUGUGUACUCUCAACCAGAGCCUGAAGGAUGUACUCAACUAUGGCCUAUUCCAGCCGGCUUACAACGGCAAGGCUGGCAAGUUUCUGGAUGAGGAGAGACAGCUAAGGGAAUACCCCUUCCCAUCCAUCGCUCCUGUACCUUACCUGGAGUUCCGCUAUAAAAGACGUGUCUACACCCAGACUCACCUGGAUGAAAAGCAGCUGUCUAAGCUUCACACCAAGGGUUGCCCUUCCUCCCUGGAGAGGACAGUGGUUGCAGAUCCCCAUAGUGACAUACAGGCUAACCUGAAGAAGUUUAUGGAGUAUGUGCAGCAGAGGAACAUUGAAAAGGUCUCAAGGUUCUUGGAAAAAGGCCUGGACCCAAACUUCCAUGAUCCAGACACAGGAGAAUGUCCUCUAACGCUGGCAGCACAGCUGGAGGGAUGUGCAGAGCUCAUCAAGGUGCUGAAGAGUGGAGGGGCACAUCUGGAUUUCAGAACAAAAGAUGGCAUUACUGCCCUACACAAGGCCGUGCGCAGCAAGAACCAUACAGCGCUUAUAACACUGUUGGACUUGGGUGCAUCACCUGACUAUAAAGACAGCAGAGGGCUGACUCCUCUCUACCAUAGCUCGAUGGUAGGAGGAGACCCCUACUGCUGUGAGCUGCUGCUGCAUGAUCAUGCACAGGUUGGCUGUGUGGAUGAGAAUGGCUGGCAGGAGAUACACCAGGCAUGCCGCUACGGCCACGUGCAGCACCUGGAACACCUGCUGUUCUACGGAGCUGACAUGAGCGCCCAGAAUGCAUCUGGAAACACUGCCCUGCAUGUGUGUGCUCUCUACAAUCAGGAUAGCUGUGCACGAGUUCUCCUAUUCCGGGGGGGCAAUAAAGAGAUAAAGAACUACAACAGCCAGACCGCCUUUCAGGUGGCUAUUAUAGCAGGAAACUUUGAUCUGGCUGAAAUCAUAAAGGUCCACAAAGUAUCAGAUGUUGUGCCUUUCAGGGAGACCCCCUCCUACACCAACCGCCGACGUGCAAUUCCUGGCCCCCUGCCCUCGCCACGUUCCUUGCUCCGCUCUGCAAGUGACAACAACCUGAACGGGGACCACGAUCACAUCCACGGUCAGGCCCCCAGAGAAAUGCGUGGCCGUCAGGGUCACUCCUCUGUCCCCUCACUGCGCAGUCUGCCAGCUCUUGGGCAGCAGCACAGCAGCUUUGGAGAGAGCCGUCAUGGAGAGAUCCCUGACAGCAGUCUCCAAAGUACGGGCAGCUCAAGAUCCUCCCAUUCUCGCUCGCCUUCACUACAUCACAUGCACGAGGAGGACAAGCCGGUUCCCAGAAGGUCCCACAGCCAUGGCUACCCUCACGGAUACAGCCAUCGUGGAAGACUCAGCCCUGGCUCAGUGCAGCGAGACCCAAGCCCCCCUCAUCACACCCCUGCAGCGCUGACGGGCCCCCGCGGGCCCAAGCGGAAACUCUACAGUGCUGUCCCAGGACGUACCUUCAUCGUGGUCAAGCCCUACACGCCACAGGGGGAGGGAGAGAUCCAACUCAACCGUGGAGAGAGAGUCAAAGACUAUGACUGUAAUGACGUAGAAGUGCUGAGUAUAGGGGAAGGAGGUUUCUGGGAAGGCACGGUCAAAGGGAGGACAGGCUGGUUCCCAGCAGACUAUGUGGAAGAAGUUCAGAUGAGGCAGUAUGACCCACGGCUAGAGACUCGGGAGGACCGCACUAAGAGACUGUUUAGACACUACACUGUGGGAUCCUACGACAACUUCACCUCAUACAGUGACUAUGUCAUAGAGGAGAAGAAUGCUGUUUUACAGAAAAAAGAAAAUGAGGGGUUUGGCUUUGUCCUGCGGGGAGCCAAAGCUGAGACGCCCAUUGAAGAGUUCACCCCCACCCCAGCGUUCCCUGCCCUUCAGUACCUGGAGUCUGUGGACGUGGAGGGAGUGGCCUGGAGGGCUGGUCUGAGGACAGGAGACUUCCUCAUUGAGGUAAACGGGGUGAAUGUAGUGAAGGUGGGCCAUAAGCAGGUGGUAUCCUUGAUCCGGCAAGGGGGCAACAGGCUGCUGAUGAAGGUGGUGUCUGUCACACGUAAACCUGAGUCUGAGGAAGUUGUUCGCAAGAAAGCUCCCCCACCACCCAAGAGAGCUCCCAGCACCACCCUGACACUGCGCUCUAAGUCCAUGACCGCUGAGCUGGAAGAAUUGGCUUCUGCUCGGAGGAGAAGAGGAGAGAGACUAGAUGAGAUGUUGGCAUCCCAGGAGUCUAUGUUGCGUUCUCAGCCCUCUGAGACAGAUUACAGAGCAGCCACUGUCAAACAACGGCCUACCAGCAGGAGAAUAACACCAGCAGAGAUCAGUUCACUCUUUGAGAGACAAGGGAUGACUCUACAUGGAGGUCUUCACCCAGGCAUUGAGAGAGGUCACAUACCACUACCAAAGGGGAUGUCCAGGACCAAGUCUUUUGGUGCCACUGAGGAGGAUCGGCUGUCUGCCCUUGCAGGCGAGCACAGAUUUCCCCGCAGUUCCUCUAUGACAGACAGCCUCAGAGACCACUCACAGCCCCAUCCCAUCCCUCCACCUCCACAAAUGGCACCUCCUCCUCCUCCCUACUACCUUGACACUGGUCCUCCCCCAGCCUUCUGCCCCCCUCCUCCCCCAUCUAGGACCCAGAGUCAGGGCCAUGAGCCUGGAGGACGCUCCAGCUUCAAACCCUCCUCCUUGGACCUGCCUUAUGAGGCCACUCAGCGCCAGGCCACACACAUUGAGCGACAGAAGAAAGCUCGCUCCAUGAUCAUUCUCCAGGACUCUUCCCAUCUACCUGUAGAACCCACAGAAAUUCCACGUCCUUCUGCUGCUACUCCACCUGAGCGAAUCAAAAGGAAGGGUCGUGUUAUUGACAACCCUUAUGCUAAUGUGGGUCAGUUUAGCAUUGGACUGUACACACCCACCAAGCCCCAGAGGAAGAAAAGUCCCCUGGUGAAACAACUACAGGUGGAAGAUGCACAAGAAAAAGCUAGUUUGGCCUUAGCUGCUGCCCACUCCAGAGAGAGCUCACCCUCAGGACGACACCCACAUACUCAUGGGCACACACACACCAGCCGUGCAGACUACUACCAGCAGCAGCUGAUGGCUGAGCGAGAGCGUAUGCGUGCCCAGGGAGAGAUGAUGUUUCAGGGUAAAGGUCCCUUCGCCGCUGCAAUUGCUGGAGCGGUGAAAGAUCGUGAGCGCCGCUUGGAGGAACGGAGGAAAUCCACUGUCUUCCUUUCUGUUGGGACCAUGGAGGGGGCGUCCACCACCAGCUCUGAUGCUCCCUCUUUGACUCAGUCUCACUCCAUCGAUGAACGGAUGCUCACGCGAGAGCUUGGACAGCUGCCUCCCCCUGCCUUGGCCCUGAGCCCCUCACCUAGUGGGACCACCUUUAUCCAUCCGCUCACAGGAAAGCCCCUGGACCCCAACUCUCCACUGGCUCUUGCGCUGGCCGCAAGGGAGAGGGCACUGACUUCCCAGUCCCCAGCUAGCAGCCCAGAGCCUAGGACUAAACAGGAGCGGGCAGGCCAGGGCAUAAUAUUCAUUGACCCUCAGACCAAAGAGUCUCCACACGGGGAAGGGGCACACACAUCUCCCCCUUUCUCGCCUAACAGCGCCAAGGCAGCAGGGUAUGGAGUUCCCCCGGCAUCAAUUUUAGUUCCCCAGCCCACCAAACUCCAGUGGGCCACAUCACCCUCGCCUGUAUCAUUCCGGCAGGAGAUGGAGGCCAGAGUAGAGGAGAGGAAGGAGGAGAAGAGACUAGAGGAUAAAAAAAGUAUGUUGAUCAGUAUUAUGGAUACGUCACAGCAGAAGACAGCAGGGCUAAUCAUGGUCCACGCUACCAGUAACGGCCAGGCUGUUGGUGUGGGUUCAGAACUAGAACAGACCCCUGCCCCAACGUCCAUGGAGCCCAGCAAAUCUCCAAGUCCACGGGCUAAAUCCCCCAGUCCCACAGUCUCCCAGUCCCAGGCCCAGCUUCAGGCACAACCUCAAACUCCACGUCCUGCCAGUCCCGCCCAAGAGAAGAGUCUGGCUCAGGGAAGCUCAGAGGAGGAUGUGGAUCCAUACACAGUGACCCUGCCCCCUGCAAUGUUGUCCUCCAGUGAUGAGGAAACAAGAGAGGAGCUACGUAAGAUUGGAGUUGUUCCACCACCAGAUGAGUUUGCUAAUGGGCUGCUGGCACAGGCACAGGGGAUGCCAGUGUCCCCAGCUAAACCUGCCUCCUCUGCCACCACCCCUACAACACCAACACCCCAAACUCCCUCAACCCCAACAACACCAACUAUGACCCCCACCCAGCCUCAGCCUCCCCAGCCCCCACCUCCACCCAGUGCAGUAGCUGUCUCAGGGAAGCCCUCUGACCCUCUGGAGCCCCCACCGGUGGGCGAGUCUGGCUCUGCAGCUGACUCAGGCGUGGAGGAGGCUGACACGCGCAGCUCCAGCGAGAGAGAGCGAGACCACCAUCUCGAGACCACCAGCACCGUCUCCACGGUUUCCAGCAUGUCCACAUUGUCCUCAGAAAGCGGCGAGCCUGCCGACACACACACCACGCACACCUCCUAUGCCGACGGGCAGACUUUUGUGCUCGACAAGCCGCCAGUGCCUCCUAAGCCCCGACUCAAGUCCCAGAUAGGAGGCAGUAAAGGCCCCGUCACCUUCAGGGACCCUCUGCUGAAGCAGAGCUCCGACAGCGAGCUGCUAUCACAGCAACAGGCUGCAGCCCUGGCUGCUGCUGCAGCUGGAGGAGCUGGGCUGCCCUCAGGUGGUUCAGCUUCAGUGACUGGACUAGCCCCCACCAAGCCGCGCUACCUCUUUCAGCGGAGGUCCAAGCUGUGGGGGGACCCAGUGGAGCCUCGUGGCCCAGGGGUGGGGCUAGGUAUUGGGAGUUUGGGCAAUCUUGGUGGGCUGGGACUUGGGCUGGGUGCAGAUGAGGGAGCAAAACCAUCUGUUAUGGGGGAGCUCAGUUCACGACUACAGCAGCUAAAUAAAGACACUAGGUCAUUGGGAGAGGAACCAAUGGGAGCGUCACUUGACCCUGGGAGGAAGUCACCUGUGGCAGGUGCCAGACUUUUCAGCAGCCUAGGCGAGCUCCACACAAUUUCUCAGAGAAGUUAUGGCACCACAUACACCAUUCGCCCUGGCAGCCGUUACCCCGUCACCCGACGCACCACAAGCCCAGGUUCAGGCUCACCUGAUCGGGGCGACCCUCUUGGACGAUUCUCAAGCUACGGCCUACCGACCUCACCGACUACACCACCACAAACCAUCCUCAAAUCCUCUAGCCUCAGCCUACCCCAGGAGCCUAAAGAGGUCCGCUUUGUAAUGAGGAGCUCCAGCGCCCGUUCCCGCUCUCGUUCCCCUUCCCCGUCACCUUCCCAUUCCCCUGGGCUGGGGUCACCCCUUUUAGCCCUCCGGCCCUUCCACCAGAAACCCCUCCACCUCUGGAAUAAGUACGACGUUGGAGACUGGCUGGAGAGCAUCAAUCUGGGGGAGCACAGAGCAGGGUUUCAGGAACAUGAGAUCGAAGGCUCUCACCUCCCAGCUCUAACCAAGGAUGACUUUGCAGAGCUGGGAGUGACACGAGUUGGACACCGCAUGAACAUUGAACGAGCACUAAAACUGCUGCUAGAGAGCUGACCCCUGCCCUGAGACACAGCAACAUAUGGAUAGAAAGAUGAAGAUAGAACAGGCAAGAUAUAGAGUUGAUGAAAGAGCAAACAUAGGGACCGCUCCUCUUUUACUCUGGCUGCUUUUAUGUUCUGAAUCACAAAUGUUUACUUGUGGUCCUUAGCGAAGCUUUACGUUCCCGUUCUGCAUUAAUACCCUGCACUUGGCACUGCACUGAAGAGGAGGAGUCAAUACAUUCAUCCCCCUCUACUCGGCCUUUAGUGUCUGCCCACCUCCUUGCCUGCAGCCAAUUAGAUCAGACCUCAAAAUGGGCUCUGGUCUUUGCCGAGAAGAAUCGCAUGACCUCCAAUUAAAACAUUUGAUUUGUGAAAGCUUCAGUUGUUCCCUUAGUAACACCCACACUUUCUCUCUCACUAUUCCCUCCUCUCCUCUCUACCUCUAUCCCUCCUUUUUUAGGCCUCUGAAAGCCUUUAAGCAGUUUGAGUAAAGGAGGAGGAGGAGGAAGAAUUUUCGUUCCAAACAGAAAGCUCAGUUGCCUUUCAAAAUAUUUAUACAGAGAUCAAUAAUGAUAAACACAGGACUAUGGACAUAGUGCUGACACAGCUCUGAAAAGGUGCGUCUUCUCUAUUCCUGCUGUUGUUUUUAACCCGAAGACUUUGGAGCCCAGAGGUGGAGCUCCACAAAGUAAACCACGGGAGAAAACCCCUCUGCCUUGGUACCCAGACUGUGCUAUCUAUUAUAUUUGGAGAAUGUUUAACCAACACUCGUGGCUUUUUUCAUAAUCACUUUUUGGUUUUCCAAAGGGAAUAUUAUAUAUAUAUAUAUAUAUAGGUAUUAUAUAAUAUGAUAUAUAUGUAUCUAAAUAUAGCUUUCAGAAGAAAAGACAAUGUUGCAAAGAGGAAAUAUAAUAAAUUUAUCUGCGCCUGUUUUUGGUUUUUAGUAUAGAAGGCACAGAGAAAUCUUUAAAUUUAUUCCACCAAUAGUUUACUCAUUUCUACCAUAUAUAUAUAUGAAAUUUUAAAAAGUAUAUAGAUGUGGAAAUGAAAUUUUUGUCAUAGGUAUACAACUUUCCUUAUGGUCACCCUUUCUUGAACCGUAGCAUGCUGAGUUGCAUCAUGUCUUGGACAGAGAGUUUGUUGUUUGUUUUUAUUUUCUUACGGUCUUCCUUCAUACUAAAGGGCAUCCCGUAAUGUGAGGCUGAGACCACAGUUGACACCCAUCCCUACUGCUUCAGCUACAGAUCUCCCUGACGUGGUUCUGACUCUACUUUAUCCACAACAACAUACAGUAAGGACCGACUAAUGAGACAGCUAAUUGGUAAAAGGGGCUCUUCAUCUUUUGCCUGUUAAUCACUCAGGGAUGGAAGUUUGGGGCACUAGCAUGGAGAGGUAGUUGGCUGUUGUUUUAAUACUAUCAAUUUAAAUUCCUACCUGUGAGGACAAUUUAACACCACCACAGUCUGAAAAAUGUUAGAGGGCUAGUAAAAUUUCCAUCCCUGUGACUCCUGAUGAUGCUUCUCAGACCAGUCUGCACUAGGUCUGGAACAGUGAAAGAAGGCGGUCAGGAGAAGAAAAUAUUAAGAUUUUUAUCAUCACCAGUGGAGAAGAAAUGAUCAUGGAAGAUAGCAGAAAUAUCUUUCAGAUUUAAUUUUUGCUACAGAAGGAAACCACUAUUAUAAGUUCCAAGUGUGUGAACCUGAACCCAAAUUAAGCUUAAACUGUUGAAAUAAAGCAAAUGUUUGUUUUCCUUAAAAUCAGCUUUUACCUGGUGUGUAACCAACAACAAGGUGUAAACUUGUCAUACAAGGGCUUAAAUGAGCUAGACAUAAAGUCUGUGCCCUUCUGAAAUGCCACUGCAGGGAAUGUGUCUGUAGUUUAUCUGGCUGUGGGUAUGGGAAAGCCUCUGUAAGGUCUUAAAGAAAAUUCAGUAUUUUACAACCUGGCCAUGUCUUGCAACAUUGCUGCUUCCCUGUAUCUCUACGAUUUCCUUAGUGAGUAAAAUAUUAUCAUAAACGGUGGCAACCAGAACUCUAAAAAUAAGACCCAGGUUGUAAAACAUCAAACAAAAAAAACUGAAUUUUCCUUUAACAAUACAAGAUCUGCAAUUGUACUCAUGAGUAGCUUCUGCUGGCAGUGAGAAACAGUGAGUUAUAUUCAUGCAACAAAAAGCAUUUUAUCCAUAGCUUUUCUCUAACAAAAGGCCAGGUAAUCUCUAUUACCACUAAAAACCUCCGUACAUCAGCAGCAUCCAGUCAGUUUGCCGAGGCAGUUUCACUUGGCAAGUUGUGUGCAUCUUUUUUCUUUUCUUUUUUUCUAACAGUUUGUAAAAGCGGUUGGUGAAUAUAACGUCGUAUCUGGGUUGUAGGAAUAGCACUCACUGCCUCACUGUGACCUCACUGAUUAUUUUACUUCUGACUCCAGUGUUACAGUACGUCUUCAGACUCAUUUGGACUUUUUGUGUUUAUGGUUUUAUAUUGUUUUCUUUUUUGAUUUGUUACCCUCGGACACUGUGGGUAGAUUUUUGUAGCGUGUUGAACACUCAUUUGAGUUUUAGAGUGACAGAAAAAAGAGAAAAAAAAUGAAUAUCCUGUCCAUUCUAAACAUGAACAAACUACGAAAAUUUGCUCUCUUUUUUUUUAAUCACAAGCAAUGUAUAUAUGAUAGAUUUCAUAUAAAUUUUUGAAAACAAGAAGUAUAUAGAUCUAUAUAUGAAUGUUUGGCAUAUAUGCAUAGUUAACCACCUGUGGAAAAGGUGAGCAGAUUUUAUUCUUUCUAUGAACUCUUGAACUUUUGAACUCUGAACUAUGAACUAGGGGAUGAUUUGCACAAAACAAGGUGACAAGGUGCUAACAUAAAAGCCACCCAACGUCCAAGCGCAUGUGUGCAUCUGGAUUCCCUGAAUCUCUUUGUGUGGUCGUUCCUCUUCACCAUGUGUGUAUGACUGUGUGUAAAUGCUUGCUUAUGUUUCCAUUUCUUGUAUGUAUUUGUUUGAGAGAAAGAGACAAUGAGAAUACACGUGACAGUGAGAGAGUGUGUGGAUAAUUGUUAGGGUUUACAUCUUUGGAGUUAGUCCACUAUAGCCUUACUGUAUUACCAUCAGAGAUUCCCGGCAGUGGCUGUGUCACACAAACACACACACAAUACAUACACACACAAACAGAAAAAUGCACACAUACAUUCAUCUUCUAUUCGAGACUGAUCAUUGAUCUGCAUUCUUGUUUUGUAGUAAGUGAAGUCUUCAAAAAUUGGACUGCUCUGCCCAAGAGGCAGAGACAGACAGAUAGAGAGAGGUUACCGCAGGGUACUGAACAAAACCAUUGUCACAUUUUAUAUUGUAAGACAACUACAACUCACCUUUUAACUAUGUAGGUACAGCUUAUGCAGUGUCACUGUUUUGUAAACCCAUUCCCAGAUGGCUUCUGCGCUCCUUACCCUCCACUCUGUCUGGCAGUACUCCUUUUUCCUUUUUCAGACCUUCAGUUUCUGAGUUUUGGAUAUGCUAUAUGAGGUGAUUCAGUGAGGAACAAACAACACAAAGGAAAAAUGUGCCAAAAAAUAACUUAACUUUUAACUGUAUAUUUGUCUUUGCUUUAGGACUAUCUUAGUUACAGCAUUCUUGAGCUGUUAGACUCAAUAAUAUGGUGCCAUCUCCUGGAAAUCUUGAGAACUACAGAUAUUUGUUAGAUCAUUCUGUAUUCCUGACAGAUGGAAAUACAGUCAUUGUUAUUAUUUUGUAAAGAAACAGGCUAUUGUGUGUGUGUGUGUAUGUAUAUAUAUAUAUAUAUAUAUAUAUAUAUAUAUAUAUAUAUAUAUAUAUAUAUAUAUCCAUAUAGCCUGUGUAUAUCUACCUGUGAGCUUAGCAUUAACAUUUCUAUUUAAAUUUUGAGAAGUAUCGCAAUUGCUUGAUUUUACUGUGAUGAAGGUUAUUAUCCAACUUGGCUUACUGUUCCCAUAUAAAUACAAACACUUAAGAGGUAAACGUGUACAGUCCGGACUCACACAGGCUGGCCUGGUUAUAAGAAACAAUGCUGUAGUGAAUACCUGGUCAGAUGGGUGUGUAAGUUUACCACAAAUACAGAUGCAAAAUGAUUCUACAGAGCAAAGUGUAACAGACUUACACAUCAAUAGGUCAAAUAAGUUCAGUGAAGGGUUAUCUUUGUCUUAUUUUCUAAUCAACAAAGCACAAUCUACAUAAUGUAGGGGGAGCAGUGUAACUUUUUUAAAAACCUACUGGGGAUCCAGUCACCCACUGGAACCAGUGAUCUUAUCAUCAAAGUUUUUUUUUUUCUCCAUUGUUGGUUUUCUCCUUGUUUGCACUGUGAAGUUUAGAACGGUGGAUGUAUCACUGCAACGCCUCAGCCUUGUCUCACAUGUGAACUUCCCCUUCUCAGCAUCCGAUGACCAGGCAAAUCAUCUACGACCUUUCUCCCAGCGACUUCUGGACGCUUAUAGCAUUAGAACCUGCCCCCUCCAUUUUAAUACAUGAAAGCCCAAGUAGAAAUCAAAGUUAACCAUAAGCUACCUAGUAUUCUUCAUGCAAACAGAAUAAGGGUGACAGUGAAGGCUGAGGCCUGUUGCCCAGGAUAUCUCCACCACAAAGAUAUAUGUUUGUUAUAUUAUGUAAUAAAUUUAUAAUUAAAACAUGAA